AUGGCCAACAAUGGCUUUGGAUCGGGCCUUGAAGGCAUAUCCCAGACUACAAUAACCGUCGUUCUCGUCUUCCUCGCCAUAUCGCUCUACAACGUCAUUGAGCUCAACUUCAUCAUCUUUGGGACCUUCGAACGUCACUCCGGUCUCUACUUUUGGUCAUUCCUCGUCUCAACAUGGGGAAUUGCUGUGUACUGCUGUGGUUUCUUCAUCAAGUACUACGCCUCUUCAGCGCUGGGAUAUCUCGCGUCGACAUUUAUCUCAGUAGGAUGGGUAGCCAUGGUGUCGGGCCAGUCGCUCGUGCUAUGGUCGAGACUGCAUCUCGUUCUGAGGAAUAGAUUCAGACUAAAGGCUGUGCUGUACAUGAUCAUUGUUAAUGGCGUUCUUAUGCAUGGAGCUGUUAUUCCCAUGAUCUAUGGCUCUUUUUCACCGAAUACAAAUAUGUGGAAGCAGCCAUACUCCAUCAUGGAGAAGAUCCAAGUCACCGUCUUCUUCAUACAAGAGAUCAUCAUCUCAUGCUUCUACAUCUACGAAACUGUCAAGAUGAUGCGUCUGGAACGCACAAUGGGCAACAAGCGUGGAAGUCGUCGUCUGAUGAACCAUCUCGUCUACGUCAACAUCCUCAUCAUUCUUCUCGACAUCACCAUCCUCGGCCUUGAGUACGCCAAUCAGUACCAGUACCAAACAUCCUACAAAGCCUUUGUCUACAGCACAAAACUCAAGCUCGAGUUCACUAUUCUUAACCGUCUCGUUGAGAUGACUACAGGUAACAAGGAUGCUAGCUCUGGACCACGGAGUCACACCACUGGUAUGACGACAGGAAACAAGACGAAUAUCGCGCUUGAUACAUUCAUCAGUAAUACUCUUGACAAGCCACCCGGUGAUAUAUCGUAUAGGGCUUAUGUCAUGGGUGGUGAUGAACGACAGGCUCCUCGUCAGACACCCCGUGAUGAUGAAGUUGUCAUGACUACUGAAGUCAUCGUCCAACGGGAAGAGAGAGGAGAGGAUGAUGGUAUGAGCAUGGGCGGAAAGUCAUCGGCUGAAUCUACGAUUGGGACAUCAAAAGGACAUCAUUACGAAAGUGAGGGGUUAUCGAAAUCUUCAUCAGAAAUACAUCUAGCGUCACGAGGCUUUUAA